GGACAGAAAUAUAAGUUAUUGAAACUUCGGGUGAUCAGUUAAUCUAGAUUCGAAACCCGAAAGUGCAGCAUGUCCAGAUCCACUACAAAACCUUUUGAAUUGAAAGUACACAUUAUCCUUUAUAUACUAAAUUAUUUCAAUCUAAACUAGCAGAUGUUUUAACUGGAUUGGGACUCAAUCUAAACUUUCAGUUUAGAACAUCUACUAGUUUUACUUUAGCCAAAUUUUGGAGUUUUCGAGCUUUCCAAAUCAUUAAUAUUGGAUUUAUGUUUCGUAUUCGAAAUAACCAUAAUUUUGACAUGUGGAGGAUAUAUAAACUCAAAGUACUUAACAUCGACGAACUGUCAAACUCAUCAAAAAUGAUCUAAAAUCAUUUUGUUAAACGAGUUCUAAAUAUUUGUUGAUGUCUAUUAAUUAUUUGAAAAACUUAUUUUUCAUGAAUUGGAAUAUUAUUUUUUCAUUGCCUCCGGCCACCAUCGAUCUAACCAUGGCUUUGAUGAGGACACUCAAUGUCAAAUCGACUUUAUUUUCUUUAUUGCUGGUCUUUAGGCUUUAUUUACAUUUUCGGAUGAGUUAUCAUAUCAUAUUCAUAAGAUUGGUUUGAACAGUAAGGUGGUAUUAUUAGCGAUGCCAUAUGUUUUAAUACAUGCACAUAGACAUAUUUGUCUUCUCGGUUUAAAGCAACACGGACCCUCUUCCUUAUUUUCUCACAUUAUUAUUUAAUAGCAGAAUACAAUAUGAGCUUCAAAAGUUUACUGACCAAUUAAAACUUGAAAGACUCUUUGAAUAUUCAAAGUUCAAAGUUGAAGGAUAUCCUGGCUAAUCGAAGUCAGGAUAAUUAGCUGUCUUAUAGAAAAUGGCGUUAAGGAAAAUCAAUUAGAUCUCAUCAAUGGUGCAACUUAUAUACUCCCUCCGGUUUUUUUAUUAGAUAGCGUUUUAAAACCAUGCAUAUAGAUUAAAAAAAUUAUUAUCUUAUAUUUUCUAUACAAAAAUACCAUUACAUAUUCAUUUAACUUUAAAUUAAUCAAUAACAAAAUAGAUUUCAUAAUAUAAAUGGUUACAUAACAUAUAAAGUUGAUAAAUUUUACAUUAAAAAUUUAAGAUGUUAUUUAAUUUUUUUUAAAUUAUAAAACGUUAUUUUUGUUAUAAUUAUUCUUAUUAUUGUUAUUUAAGUUAUUUUAUGUUUUUAAAAAAGAAGUUAUUUUAUGUUUGAGCUUUGAUUUCAUACUAUACUUGCUCAUAUAUUCUUCUUUUUUUUUGUAACACCACUACUUACUCAUAUAUUCAGUAAAUUUUUUAUUGUACUAAAGAAAACAGGUUUCUUAUGCAAUCAGGCAAAGUUGAGGAGGUAGAGUUAAGCAAAUUCUUUGGCAUAUUGUAAUGAAAUAUCAAUCAUGAAUGAUGACUACUGUAUAUUUUGCAAAUAGAGUUAAUUUAUCUAAGAAUCUAAACUGUACUUCUUGUUCCAUAUUAUUUUCUCGUAAACAUCUAAUCCAUAUAGUUACACCAAAUUCCAUUCCGUUUCAUCAUCACAACUAAAAAGGUUAAUGACAGACACUUCUUAUCAAUCAUAUACCCCGACCAAGAAACCUGGUUCAUUCCGGAUUCGACUAAUAGUCCUAAAUAUAGAUAGUUUUUCUAAAGCAAUCUUUAAAUAAAAAUUCAUAUUUGUAUGUGUUAUUUAACUGAAACCAAAGUCAGAUAGUUUUUUCAGGAAAUUGUUUGAACAUAUUGUAACUCGAGACUCGAGAGAUAUAUUUUAACUGCAUAACACACCCAUAAUAUUCACCACCAAAAAUCUCGUUGUGACUUAUAUGGAUAAUUCUAUUUUUGUACCAAAAACAAAACGUCAAUAAAUAUGUGAUUCUAAUCUUUUAUUUUAAAAUAAAUGUUUGGUUCAUUGUCGAGUUCGAUUAAUUUAUAUACUAAUAUUAUAUAUUUACCACACUAAGUGAUAUUUAAAGUUUUGAAUACAAACCGACAUCAUCUAAGUUUUAAUUCUUUGUAUAACCAAUAUUAUUAUUUAUCAUCUAACUAUACUAUAUCUUAUUCAAACUAUGAUAAAAUAAUCUGAAAAAUUGUCAAAAUACUUUUUAAGACAUUCUUUUUGGGGUGCAUAUGUUAAGAUUACAUACUUCAGUUCAAAUCUUAAUUUUUAAAACAUCACUUGGAGGGAAAUCUAUUUUCUACGAAAUGCCAUUUCUUAUACUAUUAAUUUCCCUUAUGAGUUAAACGAGAAGCUAAUUAAUUAAAGAAUAAUUUAAAUUAACGUCAAAUACGUGUUAUAGUUUAAUUCUUCAUUGGGAAAAAGCAAGCUGAUGGCUAAAGUAUGAACAUUUUCCAAUAUUACGUAGUCUAUAAAUUCCCAAGAACCUGUGGUUUCACUUUCAGUUUUCAUCUCAAAGCACUAAAAGUCUCUCUACUUUUUUCUAUCUCUCUAUUCAGUUAUGCAUGGAUAGAGGCAUAGAGUUUAUUAGGAGAUACCAAACCCAUAAAAACAAAAAUAGAACACAUAAAUAGCAUUUGUAAGGAAAUUGAAAGUAUGGAAAAUUCAAUGAAGAAGAAGACCUUCACAGAGAGUGAAGAAGUAGAGCUCAGAAGAGGGCCUUGGACUCUUGAGGAAGACACUCUUCUCACAAAUUACAUUCUCCAGAACAGUGAAGGCCGUUGGAACGUCGUCGCCAAAUGUGCUGGGCUAAAGAGAAACGGGAAAAGUUGUAGAUUGAGAUGGUUGAAUUAUUUGAAACCUGACAUCAGGCGAGGGAAUCUCAGUCCCCAAGAACAGCUUCUGAUCCUUGAUCUCCACUCUAAAUGGGGUAAUAGGUGGUCCAAGAUAGCACAGUACUUGCCAGGAAGAACGGACAACGAGAUCAAGAACUAUUGGAGAACAAGAGUUCAGAAACAAGCUCGACAGCUCAACAUCGAAUCUAACAGCGACAAAUUCUUUGACGCUGUUCGUAGUUUCUGGGUCCCCAGAUUAAUAGAGAAAAUGGAGCAGAACCCAUCAAAUACUUAUUGUUGUCCCCAAAACAACAACAAUAACAAUAACUCUCUUCUUCCUCCUUCUCAGUCUUACGACUCAAUGAGUAAACAAACAUAUACUGAUAUCUCGGGUAAGAACCCGGGUAUAAGCAACACCGAUGGUUCUGCUUCGAGCUCCACUUUCAUGCCUGAUCUUAUGACGGUUCCACACUUCAUGGAUCACAACACCAUCAUCGAUUCUUCGAUGUGUUACCAUGAAGGCAAUGAUCAAGAACUCGGUGGAUAUAUUCCUGGGAUGGAGGAGUAUUACAUGAGAAAUUCAGACAUAUCAACGGAUUGUCACGUGGCGGAAGCGUACGAGGAUGUCACACAAGAUCCCAUGUGGAAUGUGGAUGACGUUUGGCAGUUUAGGGGCUAACUGUCAGUCAAGAGACGUAUGUACUAUGGUUGGAGCCUAGGGUGGAGCCCAAUACAUGGUUUUAUUUAUCUACUAUAGUAAAAUACUUUUCAUUUUAGUUUAUGAUCAAAAAGUUGUUGGAUAAGUAUUUAUACUACUGAUAGUUUGCUAUAAGUACUCUUUGAUUUCAUGUCCUUUGUAUAAGUCUAUUUGCUCAGAUUAAAUAUAAUAUUAAGACGAUUCUUCAGAGUAGAUAUGUACGAACAUGUUUGCGCAGAAUAUACACAUGCACCAAGCUUUCAAAAAAAAAAAUAUACAUGCACUAAUUAAUCAGGUCAAGUUUAUACACGAUUAAGCUUGACGGUAAAUAAAAUAGAGUAGUCUAUAUUGUCUUCGAUUCUUUGUGACAUGCGUAUUUUAGCUAAACAAUAUGUUAAUUUUGGACGUGUCUCAAAUUUAUGUGAAUUGGUAAAAAGGUCAGCACAUUCGUUGGGCUCGACGUUUUCUUAAAAGGUAAAAGAAAACAGGUUUUAAAACUGCUAUAAACGGAUCUAAAAGAUUAUAAAUAUUUUUUUUCAUUCACAUAAUCAAUAUAUUUGUUUCAAUACGUUUUUGUUAUUAGUUUCUUUGUUUUCUUCGAGAUAAUUCGGGUUUGUUCGUAACAGAAUAUAUCUAAUCUCGCCCCAACAGGUGGAAGGAAGAACCCAAAAGCUAGGAGAGACUCAUCUAGGAAAUUAAAAUUAUGGGGCCAGAUAGGUGAUAAUUCGAGGACAUAAAAAUAUCUCUUCACCAAAAAUUGAUGUCUUCUUUUGGAAGAUAUAGAAGUGCAAAGUUGACGAUAUCACAGGAGAGUUUGAUUGACAUAUAUCGUUUCUGUGGAAUCAUAGAAAAAGUUAAUCGAAGUACUGAUUGUUACAUUUGAUAAGAGUUAACACAUUUAGACAAAUCAUUGUUGAUAUACAAGAGAUCAUUAGCAUGAUGAAUUUGGAUUGCACUCUUUAAUUUGUUGGUAGGAUUACUCUAAAACUAAACAAAUAAUGUCUAUAUUUUGGCAAUGCCUUCUGCUUUUGUGCCCCUCAAUAUCCAAUGAGAGUUCAAUGUAGGAUAAUAAAGAGAAUCGAAUUAUCGGAGGUCACUUCAAAGGGCUUUCAUAAGUAUUUGGAAGUUCCACAAUGAUUGAACCCAAAGGUACCACUGAAAGUUCAGAAACGAAAGAUCAUACACAUUGACAUUGGUAUGCAUAUGUUCUUUUUCAUGCGAGUUUUGAAUAAUAUACGAAUUUGCUUGCAUAAAUUUUGAGUAUUAGGAAAAUGUAAAGUUCCUUUUUAAUACUAUUAUUGAAGCAAGAAACGUAGAUGCUUCAAAUAAAAUUCGACGAAUAUAAAAUUAUAAUAUUAUUUCGGCUGAAAUGGUUAAUAUCUAAGAUUGGUGGACUAUAAGCUCAAAUAAAAUUCGGUAGAGGUUAAACUUCAGAAAAGACAUGAGUAAGGUGGAGUCAGAUUCAACAGAAACAAGACUGUAUAUGUCAAAUGUUCAUUAAUUAAGUAGAUAUACAAAAUGAAAUUAAUAUACAAUAUAUAUAUUAUAUACACAAAAGAUUAAGGCUACCACAAUCAAUUGCUGUGAAGUGUUGACAACUUGACAGUUAUGAGCCCAAAGAGAUAGCUAAACGUGUUGUAGACUGCAGUCUGAAUUUCUUUUUGGUAACAUGUUCAGGUCUUUGGUUUGAAGAAACUAAUGGUUCUUAAGGCCAUUGAUUUUUGGUUAAGAAAAUCAAACUAUGGCGAAGUGGUCGUAUUUUGUUGGUGGUAUGGACCGUAUGGUUAGUAUGAAAGACUAGAGAAGUCAAAAGUCAAGAAAAUUGUUUGAACAAGAGACACCAGCUGGUUUGAUUCAUGAAACAAGACAUGUUUACAACAAAAGUUAUGAUCAUCUCUCAAAUCAAAUAGUGUUACUUUGGCACCAAAUCUUACAACCACACGUUAACUGUUAUAUUUAACCUGUUUUGUUAUGUGUUACUCCUUCUUGUUCCGUGUUUCCGAGUUAAUUUUGUUCACAUUCUUCAAAUAAAAUCAAAUCCUCAGUUCCAUAACUGAUUUUAUUCAAAAUCAAACUUAGUCAAACCAAAGACAAGAACAGUGAAUCAAGCUCAUGUCGGCUGUGGACUGGCACGUGCGUUUGUGGCAAGAUUCAAUUAUGAAACUAACUCGUGAAUGAUAAUAUUCAUUUUUAGAAAUUUAUGCAAUUUGUAAAACAUUAUUGAAAAAUAUACUGAAACAAAUAACAAAUAUAAAAGAAUAAGUGAUACUGAUGUCAUGUGCACUAACCACUUGUAGCGAGCGCAUAGAAUCGAGGAGUACUAUAACAAUGUGAGCAGCAUUAUCCAUUUAUCCUUAAAUUUCAAACGCAAAGGGCAUCUAAUUCCAUUAAUAAGCAGUAAUAAUUCCACGUGUAUUUCAUGUUUUCUGUACAAAAAAAUUCAGAUUCGUCGAACCAACUAUUAAACUUUUUGAGCAAUUUAUAAUUUAUUAUGCGAAGGCAAAGUAUAAUAGAAAGAAAUCUAGCAUAUACAAUAACAAUCUCUUUCAAUAUUUUGAGUCAAUCAAAAUCACAUGCGUGAAAAGACUAAACUCUCUUUAGUCUCUCUACCACAGAGCUUUCGGCCACUUAGUAGGACAGUAACUAUCAACAUUACACUAUUGCAGUCGCAGAUAGCGAAAGAGAUAUUCAUCCAAUGGUUAUGGUUAGAAUAUGUAGACGAGCUUGCAUUUUUGACUGAAGACUUUUAACAUACUUCAGUUUAAGAAGGUAAAUCAAAUGAAAACAUAAGCCAAGCUCUUUGCGUCCUUUCCUAUAUCUUAAAAGGAGGAAGAAAAAAAAAUACAUUCAGUAAAUAAAAAGGACACUGUUUGAUACGAAGCAAAGAAACACGACAGCAUAAACGGUUUGGUUACCGUUGAUUUAGCAUGAGACCAGGGUUUGAUUCUCUCUUUCUAUGCAUUUUUUACAAAAAAAAAAGUUGCUUAAUUUUACGGUUUGACUUGUGGAUUUUCAGUUUUACGGUUUAAUACGCAAAAAAAUCAUCUUCGAGGUUUUUUUUAUAGAAAACCCAAAAUAUUAUGAUGUGAAAAGAAACCUUUGGUUCCGUAUUCUUUUUGAAUGAUCAUACUCUAGUGUGGGCAACUAAUGGAUGUCAAAUGGGUUGGUACCGAUGGACCGUGUCCAAACUAAAAUUGAUCAGUUUUGGAUAUACCUACUGGAAUGUUAGUUUAAAUAAAGUACUUAUUUACGUAAUAGUUAUAUACUCACGUGUAAAUUAGGUAAGUAACACUAAUUUUGAUAUAAUGUAAUGUCAUAUAUUUACACCAUAUUUCAGCGGGUUCUACCCUUUCACUUGUUCCCAGUUAAAUAGGAAAUAACGUCGUAUGUUGAGAGAGCAGAUGAUGUAAGCGAUAGAAUAUAUAGCCAAAAAUGUUGACCAACUAUCUUAUACAAUAAAGAAAAGUUGUCUCUCUCCUUAGAAUGUCCAGCUCAGCAGGGAAGGAGGGGGCGUUUUUCACCACGUGGCUUCACCCAAACAAAUGCAAAUUCGCUUCUCUUCUACGUUUGGUGGGCUUCUGCCGAGCUUUUGUUUUUGUUGCGUUAAUUGGGUUUUUUCUGGUACUUGAACUUACGUGGGCUUAAAGAAAAAAUGACAAACCCAUACUAAACCCAAAAUCGGAACUUACAGGUUUCACGUUUCGUCUUCACUCAGUGACAAGUCUAAGAUUGAGAAGAUGGAUGCACCUACGGAGCCGCAACGCUGUCGUCGCGACUUCAGAAUCGAAGAAUCCUUCGACUCUCUUCUCUGACAGAGUCCUCACAACCGGCCUGCUCCUCCAAAACCCGUCGACGAGGAUGUACACGGAGGCUUCAGAAUCGCAGAAGAAGAAAAAAAGAAACUAUUGCGCUUGAACCGGUCGGUGCCAUCACAGUCGCUCAAAACUGAGAAGAAACAUGCAUAUUCACCUUCUCAAUUUUUACCAACUAAAGCUUACUUUCUGUGCGGUAUAUGAUAAAUGAAUGGCCACUUUUUACUUUUUAUAAUACGUAAUUAAUAAUUUGUUUUUGUUUUCUUUUGCAGGUUGAACCGGUUGUUUGAAAAGAUAUAACAUCAUUAUUCCAUAAAAUAUAAGUUAUAUGUGUGCGAGUUAGGUCAAAGCGUUAGAGAAUGAAUUAUAAUUUUAUUUUGCGUCAUAUUCUAGUUUGGGUUUCAACUAUCGAUGUCAAAUGGGCAGUGGCGGAUCUAAGAAUGCAUUUAAGAGGUGUCAAAAAUAAACAAAAGUGUCAUCAGUGAGUUUCAAACUGGGGUUUGGGGUAUCAACAAGGAACUUUUUCCAGUAGAGCUGCUAACUUUUCCUGUUUUAAGGAACAAAAUAUUAUUCUUACUGACUUAAGAGUAUCAGCUGACACCCUAUUGGAUCAAGUGGAUCUGCCUCUGCAAAUGGAUUGGUACCGACGGACCGUGUCGAAACUAAAAUUGACAAAUUUUGGAUAUAUAUCACCUAUUUAAAUAAAUAAAACUAAUUUUGUCUGUGAAAUAGAUGGACUAGAUGGGUGAGACAACAUGAUCAUGAACAUCCCAAAAAAACUUAAAAACUUAAGUUAAAUUGAUUCAGAAAAAAAUUCAUUUAAUUUUUUUUAUUGUAAAUCUUAUUUUCCAACAAAACUUCAAAAUCAUACUUUACUACCUUUUGAUAAAACGGUAAGUUUUUCCUUCCUCAAAUCAUAAAAUCGUGUUUAUGUCCCAAAUAUGUAAAAUCUCAUUUUUCACCAAAAUAUUUACAUCACAUUUCUUAUUAAAAGCGAACGAUUAUUUUCACCAAAACGGUAAACUCAUAUUUUUUUUAUGUUUAAAUAUACUUAUUAAAUAUCUCUAAUGAAUAUAAUUUAAUUAACUUUUAAUAUAUAGGAAAUUGUAUUAUUUAAUUAUAUUUUAUAUUUAAUCUACCUAUUCAAUUUUAAAAUGAAUAUAUUUUUUGUUAAUUAACUAAAACAGUUUUUUUUCAUUAAAAAACCUAAGAUAAGAAAAUUUAAUACAUUUCUAUUUCAAAUAUUUUCAAAUAAGAAAUUAAUUUUUAAAUAAAUAUAAAUAAAGCAACAAACAUUUUUAUCAUUAUAAUAUCCAAUUUAAAUAUGUAUAUAUAUAUAUAUCUAAUAAACCAAAAAUAAUUUUAUUUGACUAUAAAAUACAAUCAAGUUGGUAAAUACAUAGUUAAAUUAUUGUACGAAUUAUAUUAAAUACAUUAGUUAGUAAAAUUUAUUUCAAAAAUUCUAAUCAGUUAUUUUGAUAUUGUGGUUAACUUUAUUUUCAUAUAUAAUAAUACAUAUACGAUUCUAACAAACAUGUAUAUGUAUAAAUAGUAAUGACAGUUUCAGAUUAUCUGUUUUAAGAUAUUUAUAUUUAUAAUGAAUAAGUUAUUUCUUUUAUAUCGUGUAAAGCAUUAAUUUUAAGAAAAAAUGUAUACAUAAAAAUAAAAAUUAAUUUAUUUCAUGAAAUAAAUAUAUAAAUAGACAGAAAUAACUUUAUUUUACUUAUUAUUUACAACACCACUGAAAUCAAUACACCUUAGUGUUUUAAAAGUUUUUUUUACUUAUUGUUAUAAUAACUCUACAUCAUAUAAUUUCUAAAAUGAAUAUUAAUAUAAAUAGCUAGAAUAAUGUGAAUAUUUAUGAAAAUAAAUGAGACUUUUAGUUAAAAUAGAUUAAACAUUUUAAAGUACAGUUAUUAUUAUAAGUUUAUUUAUUCAUAAAAAUCAUGUAUAUUUCCUUAUUUUAUCAUAAAAUGACAUACCAAACCGUAAAGCAAACUUUACUUCCGGCCUAAGAUAAUUCAAAUAAGUUUAUACGUGUUUAGUCUGCAUCUAAUAAUUUUCACAUGCAAAUGGGGGUUGAACCGAGUGCUGAAUAUACAUGCCCACACACUUAAGAUCUCAAAUUAAAGUAACCCACAAUUAAUAAAUAAUGGAUUACUAAUUAUAAAAAAAAUACAAUAAGAAAACCCGCGUACACCUCAAACAUAAUUCCUAUAAACUCUAAUAUUAUUUAAGACCAUAAACGUUAAAAUACUGCUCUUACAAAAACGAACAUAAAAUACACUUAAUGAAAAGAUACAGUUAUAUAAUUAUAGAUCACAUGUAAACUAAAUUUUGCGCGUAACGCAGACCGACCCUAGUAUAAAUAAUUAUGUACUAAUAAACAAUUAUCUAUGAUAUGAUAUGGCAAUGAUCAAGUACAAUGUACCAGAUGAUACCCUCGGGCUAUUUAUUGGAGAGAAGAUCCCACAUCGAAUAUAUGAAAGGGACUUGAGUAAUAUAUAAGGGACUUGGGCCAAUCCACUAAUUGCCAAUUGGAUUUGAGUUGGAAGCCCAUAAUAAACCCGAUUCUAACAUGGUAUCAGAGCCCAGAUCCUAAUAAGUUAAACCCCUAAUUAAUAUUAACCCUACCCGGCCGGGUAUAUAGGUCGUAAUUGACUCGCUCGACCGAGUAUAACUGUCUUAAA